AUGGUAGAAGAAGAGGAGGAGCAUGUCACACCUCAUAGUAAAUUGAUCCCCGGAGCACCAACCUUUGUGCCUAAGGGUAGUAGCAUUGCCUAUGUUUCAUCUCCAUUACAUUGGGGGCGACAAUUGAUUUUAGCAGGUUCUAAUGUUCAAAAAGUUUAUGUCAGUGACAAGGAGCUUAUUGAUGCAUUGUGGGGUUCUAAUGUUGAAAGUUCCGACCCCUUUCACUUCUUGAAUGAAAGUUGGUCUCCUGCUAUUUCUGUUUGCCGUUGGGUUGGAGUCAUUUGUGGUUCUCGUCACCAGCGAGUGAAGUCGUUGAAGCUUUCCAACUUUGCUCUUACAGGAAGAAUUCCCCGUGAUUUUGGAAAUCUCACAUUUCUUGUUUCUCUUGACUUGGGAAACAACCAUUUCCACGGAAAUUUGCCUCAAGAAAUGGCACAUUUGCGUCGGCUUAAGUUUCUUGAUUUAAGUUUAAACAGCUUCAGAGGGGAAAUUCCUUCUUGGUUUGGGUUUUUACACCAACUUCAAGUUGUAAACCUUAGGAGUAACAGUUUUACUGGUUCCAUUCCUCCGUCACUCUCGAAUGCCUCAAGGUUGGAGAUUUUAGAAAUAUCUACCAAUUUACUUGAAGGAAACAUCCCGGAAGAGAUUGGCAAUCUUCACAACCUGAAAUCGUUGUCCAUAGAACAAAAUCAGCUUACGGGUUCUAUACCAUUCACAUUAUUCAAUAUUUCUAGAAUUGAAGUCAUUGCAUUUUCAUAUAAUAGCCUAUCAGGAGAUCUUCCCAAUGGUUUAUGCAAUGAUCUCCCAAUACUCAAAGAGCUUUUAUCUAUCCAGAAACAAGCUUGA